GCGAGCUGCGUGCUUGCGGAGUUUCCAGCUCCUCUCACCAUGACUGGAAGGAAGCCUUUUGUGAUUCACACCUCGUUCCUGUGUUUACAUUAGGGACCUUCCAGCAUGAUAGGUGGAUAUCAUAGCCUUUGAUAAACGGCCCUCGCCUUAUUGGCUCCUGGAGAUCAAUAGAAGAGGGCGAAAGGGAGGAGAGGAGGAACUUUGCUGGGUUCAUCACUUGCUUCCGCUAUGGAAGCAAUGGAAGAGCUUCAAUUGACCUGACGAAGGUGCCAUGGACUGUCUGUUGAGGGGAAAACGCUUCUACUGUCGGGAAUGGGCCCUGUCCAAGUUGGUGCACAGCUUGGACAGCCGGCCGUCUUCCAAGACGUGUGGAGUGUUGAUCACGGGUGGACCUGGUUGCGGGAAGACGGGCCUCUUUUCCGAGGUCGUCUGGCCCACCUCCAACCACGCACGACAGAAAAGUCUCCGGAAACGACUCCUUGCCGCCCAUUUCCUCAAUCCCUUCGAAUCGCGGACUCUCUCUGUGACGGGGUUCAUAUUGAGCUUGGUUCAUCAGCUGGCCCGCAGUGAUGCCAUUCCGGGCUACGCGGAACGCCUCAAGGAGCCCGAGAUUCAGGCCGCAUUACAGGUGGCUCAGUGCGAUAGAGAGCCAGAUGAAGCCUUCAAGAAAGCCGUUCUCUUUCCUCUCUUGGAGCUGGAACCCACUCCGCAAAAGUGCUAUUUCAUCCUUGUGGACUCGGUGGACCGUGGGAUCCCCAACAGUCACGGUCCCAUUGCGGAUCACACCGGCCCCAGUCGAAGCAUCGCCGAGCUUCUGGGCAAACACCAUCAUUUGUUCCCAAACUGGCUGCUCCUAGUGUGUUCCGCACGGCGACAGAGCAAAGCCGUGACUCGCCUUUUCACCGGGUUUCGUAAGAUCUCCUUGGACGACCUCAGGAAGUCUCAGGUCGUACGGGAUGUUCAACAAUACAUCCUGUCGCGCUUGGAUCAGGACGAAGCCGUCCGGCAACAUCUCACGCGAGAAACGGCCGAGAUGCUCAAUCAGCUUCACAUCAAAAGCAAUGGAUGCUUCUUGUACCUGGAGAAAGUGUUGGAUGGUGUGGGGGAGAACUUGAUCAAUCUCCGGGAGAUCAAGGAGAUCCCCGGGACCCUAAACGGCCUGUACCUGUGGCUCUGCCAGCGACUCUUCACCCGGAAACAGUUCUCCAAGGUCCAGCCUCUCAUUAACGUGAUCUUGGCCUCCCUUCACCCCUUGACGGAGGAAGAAAUUUACGAAUGUGUCCGAACGCACAACGUCCAUAUGAAUAUGGAGGACUUUCAACGGCGACUGAAUCUCCUCAAGCGGGUCCUGGUGAAUGAUGACGAUGCUGUGAUCCUCUUCCAUCCCAGUUUCGCCGAAUGGCUGCAAGAUGUAAAGCACUGCACCCAGAAAUACCUGUGUGACGUGAGCGACGGUCAUGCCAUGUUGACUCUGUGGCACAGCGAGAGGGCAACAGAUCUCGUCGACGACGAAGUUCAAGAACUGGCUUGGCAUUUGACCCGGAUGAAUCCCCCUGCACCCAUGUCAUGGCAGAGUUAUCACUCCGUCUUGUGGCUCUUGUGUGGCGGUGUUCCCGUGGAAGACUCUCUCGUCGACCUCAUUCCCAAGGACCCCAAAGUCGUCCGCCUGUUACAAGACGCUGGAGCCCGGAUGCCUGAAGUGGAUGACUCGGAAAUGAGUCGAAGUGAACUGGACGAAAUGAAACGAAGCGCAGAGGAAGAUCCGUUGAAUGAACUCCUUUCUAGCGGAGUGGAUCUGAACCUACCCGACGCAAAUCAACGCACCAUGCUUCACCAAGCAUCCAGUGACGGGAACAUCCAUCUAGUCAACGUCCUCAUCAGCAAAAGCGUGGACAUCGACCCCUUGGACAAGGAGGGUCAGACACCGUUGAGUCUGGCCGCCAAGCAAGGACACGGAGCCGUCGUGGAGUCAUUGCUUGGAGCGGGUGCGAACCCAGACCACGCCGAUGAAGACGGAUGGACCGCAUUGCGGUCCGCGGCCUGGGCAGGACACUUCCCCGUCGUGGACGCCUUGCUACGCUGGGGUGCGAGCGUGGACUAUGCGGAUGCGGAUCAUCGGACCGCUCUGCGGGCUGCUGCCUGGGGUGGACACGAAGACGUCGUUCGUCGCUUGGUGGACGCAGGGGCAGAGGUGGACCGGGCGGAUCAAGAAGGUCGGACUGCUCUCAUUGCUGCUGCCUACAUGGGACACUCAGAAAUAGUUGACUUCCUCUUGGAACGAGGGGCUAACGUGGACCAUGAAGACGUAGAUGGACGGACUGCUCUCUCUGUCGCCGCCCUUUGUGUACCUGCAAAUGAGGGUUACCGAAGUGUCGUUCGGACGCUCCUCCAACGAGGUGCUCACGUCGAUCAUCAGGACAAGGACGGGAUGACUCCGCUUCUAGUCGCAGCCUUCGAAGGUCACAAGGAAAUCUGUGAGUUAUUGUUGGAGUUCAAGGCGGACGUGGAUCAUGCGGACAAAGCUGGCCGAACGGGGUUGUGGGCGGCGGCAUCCAUGGGGCAUGCCCACGUCGUGGAUCUCCUCCUCACCUGGAGCGCAUACGUGGAUUCCAUCGACUCCGAGGGAAGAACCGUCCUCUCCGUCGCCGCCGCUCAGGGGAGUCGAGAGGUAGUGCGACUGCUGUUGGACCGAGGCUUGGACGAAAUGCAUCGUGAUAAUGGGGGAUGGGCGCCGUUGCAUUAUGCUGCUUUCGAGGGUCACGCCGACGUCUGCAAGGAGCUCAUCGCAGCUGGAUCCAAGGUGAACGAGGUGGACAACGAGGGUCGAGAUGCGAUGAUCCUGGCAGCCCAGGAGGGUCACCAGUCGGUGGUGUCGGCCCUGUACGAGACGGGGGCUUCGGUGGAUCAUCGGAGCCACGACGGUCGAUCCGCCCUGAGGGUCGCUGCCCUUCACGGCCAUAAGGAGGUCCUCCGAUUCCUCGCUGCGAAUCGGGCUCCGCUGGACUACAAGGACGCCGAUGGACGGUCCACUAUCUACGUCCUCGCCUUGGAAAAUAAGCUCUCCAUGGCGUCAUUCCUGACGGAAUGCGGAGCUGACCUGGAGUCGGUGGACAGCGAGGGACGAACGCCUUUGCACGUGGCGGCGUGGCAAGGCCAUGCUUCGAUGGUGGAACUCCUCUUGGAAUCGGGGGCGGACCCCGGAGCCACCGACAAAGGGGGGCGGACAGCUCUUCACGCCGCAGCAUGGCGGGGACACGCCCACGUCCUCAAGACCCUUCUUCAACGGAGCGUCGGUCUUAGCGUGGACAAGGCCUGUAGACAAGGAGCAACUGCCUUAGGGGUUGCUGCUCAGGAGGGACACGCCCACUGUGUCAGGGUGCUUCUGGAACACGGGGCCGAUCCACGAAAGACGGAUCCUCAGGGAAGAACACCUCUGAAGGUGGCCUUGAAGGCUGGUCACGAUAUGGUCGCCCGUAUCUUGGAAGAGCACCUGGAACAGGGCAGGAAGUCUCCCAUUUAUUCCACUACUUCCAUCCCCAGGCUUCAACCCCGGCCGCAAGGCGUGAACGGGAGUGUUCAGGUGACGUCUCCGGUGAACGGUGUGAACGGGGAAGAGAACGGAAGUCCGGAAGACUCGCCAGAAUCGACGUGCGACAAGCGACGUUCCUUCAUCGGUUCCCUGGGAGGGAAUAACACGAGUUGCAGUAGCAGCGGUGGGAAGAGCCUCACGGGAGGAUCCACGGGCUCCCAACAGGAUGGGAAUGGGGGGUUGAGCUUCACUCAACAGUGCUCGCAGCGGGCGGGACGGCGGAGGUCGCAUCAGGUGCAGGGGAAGGGGGGUUGCAUGAGUCCGAUCUACGCCACGCCGCCCAUCACGCCCGAGGAGGAGAACCCAGCGCACAAUCAGGCGCCUCACAUCAGCGACCACAUGCGGAUCAUUCUCGGACUCGGGAAGGAACCGCCCCUGCUGAAAUCCAAGUCCAAGAACGGGUUCGUGUCCUCUGGUACCAACAACGGUGGGCUGGGGGUGAAGGGGAAGGGGGCCAGGGCGGCCGCUGCGGGGCUCCUACACCUCGGCCGACAGGUGAAAGCCCUCGCCUUGAACAAGAGGGAGACCCCGCUUUGAUUCCCGAUCUUGCUUACCCGGACCUGUGAUGGAGAGUGCUCGUCCCGCCAUGACUUCGCAGCUGUGUUAGCCCCAUAAGAGAGAGAGACGACAGGAGUUGCUAGGGAAGCAUUUUUAGACGUCGAUGUGAUAAACCUUGACUUGAAUUUUUGAAAAGAGAGAGAUGAUGUUUUAGCUCACCGAUGAGAUAGGGCCAUUAAUUCUAUGAAAGGAGAUUCCAGAAUCUCACACCCUCUUUCUUUUUCUAUCCUUUCCGAACUCGAAAUCCAAAAUAGAAAGAAAUCACCAUGAUUAAUAAUUGUGCAAUAAUUUCCCUCUCCCUUUUGACUACAGCUCAUUCAGACAAUUUGUGUUCUGAUCUACCUGAGUUUUUGCUCACUUUGUCGGUUCUACAGUUUCUAGUUCUAGCAUGUGUUUCUUUUACGGAAAUUCUUUUAAUUUAAAAAAAGACCCCAGAGUGCCAUUUGGAACCGUCUUAUAUUCGACCCAUAAAAUUCCCGGUGAUUUUUAUUUCAUUUUAACAACUCUGCUCAUUCCUUGCUUUGCUCCCUUUCGACCUGUCCUUGUCUGUUUGUUUGGUAUUUUUCCCGGAAACCCAAAAGGAACUUAGCAAUAAGUCUCAGAUGGCUUCGUGUGUUGGUCGAUGCAGAGAGGAAACGAGGAACCGCCCCCAUUUCGGAUGCUUUUUGUCUUCAGGGAAGUCGAUGCUGACCAAUGUUCUUUCCCCCCUGCCAUCUUUUCUUUUUGCUUUUCUUCCAAAUCUCUAAUUGGAUGAAAUAAACUAGACAUUGUGAGAA